UCUCAAUAAUAAUUAAAUGCGAAGAUUAGCGUAAAGCGAGACAAGGGGCCGCGGCUGACACAGCGCGGUCACUUCUCACUACCGCGACCACCAUGCGGCGCGCCGGACGCGCGGACCCUUUCAUUUGCGUGCGAUUGUUUUGCUUUUGCGCGAGUAUAGCGAUCUCCGCGGCCAUCAAGUAUGGGGUGCCCAUCGAAAUCAAUCACUGGGAGACGGGACGCAGUCCACUCAAGCAAAUGGUGGACGUGACCAACGAGUUUGGCUUGAAAGUGCUAGCGGAACACAACUUCUUGAAUGACAACAACAUAGCGUUCUCCCCGUACGGGCUGAUGGGAAUAAUGGUAGCGCUAUACGAAGGGGUGGAUGGUGACUCCUCGUAUGAGAUCCAGCGCGCUAUGCAGCUGCCCUGGAACAGGAACGUCAUGCGUGUUGGCUUCAGGGAUAUACACCGUACGCUCAAAACGUAUUUCGUACCUGAAGAAGGAUUUCUGGCUGGCCUAGCUCUGAAUUCGGAAAAUGUUAUUUUCAAAGAAAAAUACAAAGAGGUGUUGCGUUUCUAUGGAUUCGACAUAGAUAGUGGACAGACGACCACUCCCACAAGCACUACUACGAAUGCCACCGUGACUACCAAUCCAACAUCCACAGAUGUUGAUGAAACAUCUACGACGACAUUAAGUACGGAGAAUACUACCACUGAGAAAGAAGAGACCACUACUAAUCCUACUGAAACUCCUACAACAGAAGUAACACAAGAGACGACAACUAUGUCCACACAAACAAUACCUACUUCUACAACUGUAAAAACAACAACUUCACAAACAACUCAAACAAGCGUUAAUUCCACUACCACCACAGAUAGCAGUACAGCAACCACUCCUAACACAACAAUGUCGGAGAAUAUUAUAAGUACAACAGAGAGUAUGGCCACUGGAACAACGAAUACGGCCACCACCGGGGCAAUUACGUCCACUUCUGGAACUGACGCGCCUUCAACUGUAACUACAUUUUCAAGUGGAAGUACGACAAACACCCAAAACACAUCAACCUCAGAAAGUGUUACGAACCCAACUGUGUCAUCUUCCACAUCUGGAAGCACACAGAAUGUACAAAAUAUAGCCACCACUGAAAGUGCUACGCCUUCGAAUGGAACCACAUCGUCAAGUGGAACAACCGCUCAAAAUUCAUCCACUUCAGAAAGUCCAACAUCUUCAACUGAAACUUCUUCAUCUGGAAGUACAACAAGCAUGACUAUGCCUGGCAGUGUCACAACAUCAACUGAGGCAACCGCUACAUCUGAAACAACAACAGUUAUGCAGAACACAUCAACCACAGAAAAUGUCACACUUUCAACUGAAGCCGCCUCAUCAUCAGAAAGUACGACGAGCAUGCAAAAUACAACGACCCCUGGCAGUGUCAUGCCUUCUAGUGAAACUAUGUCAACAUCUGGAAACAUAAUGAACAAUACAGAAAGUGUAACGAAUCCAACACCUGUCAAUGGGUCGUUGUUGGAAACUCUUGCGCGAAGAAAAAAGUCAAUAGUCGAUUAUCUGUUUACAAAUCCACCAUACGCUGACAAUUACCCAGUGUACAGGUCCUUCGACAUUGGUCCUGAUUUUUCAGAUAUGGCUUAUGAUGGAGACGAACAAGAGGUGUAUUUUGCCAACGAUGGAAAAAAGAUUCUGCCCUACGUUGGAUACGGCGGCAAUCAAAUGUUUCUGGCUAAUGGAAUCAAAAAUGUCGAGGUGACGUACAUGAGUUACGACGCGACGCUGGAUCACGCGCACUUGCCGCACCUGGAUGCAUCAGCUCUGCGUCUGCCGCUGGACAGCGAGCGGUACUACCUGCUGUUGGUGCUCCCGACGCGGCGGCGUGCGGGUGAGCUAGCGCGUCUCCUGGCUCGCAUGGCGCGCUCCUCAGACCUCUCCGACGUCUACAACGCGCUCAGACCAAAGAGAGUGCGCGCGCUAGUGCCCAGCUUCUUCGUUAAAGGUCACAUCACACUGACCACUGAUCUGCAAAGGCUGGGCAUCAGAAAUGUGUUCCAGCCGCGGCAGAAUGACUUCACGCCGAUGACGUCACAGGCGGGAGUUUACGUGCGUAGCAUCGAGCAGUCCGUCUCCGUCUCCAUCAGGAAGUAUUCGCCGGACGAAACUAAAAAAAUUGGACACGCUGCGAACCGCCAACGUGCAUACUUCUCAGCAACUUAUCCGUUCCUGUACUUCGUUAUGGAUGCAAAUAUAAACGUCGCUUUGAUGGCAGGCAAAUUAGUGGAUCCUUUAAAUUCUAGAAUAUUAUAG